ACUUCAACUCCCGAAGUCCUCGUCGGUUCACUUCAGGACGACAGAGCGAGCCGCCGUAGAAUCUCAUACAAACUAUCGCUUCUCCUGAAUCAACCGAAUGUUGACGUUUACAACAGGGACUGCAGACCGCUCCGCUACAGCUUGCUGACAACACGGGCUGGACUUUCCAGCCGAGACUUGAGGGAGAAACGUCUAGUGCAAUUCCUGCAAGAUAAGGUUGAAUGUAAUCAAAUUUCGGAAAUGGUCGACAGAGUCCCCAUGAUGACAGGCAGGACAAGGAGAUCAACCAUCGGCCCCACGCCGGCGGGGGGCAAUUCGAAACAAGCCAAUGGCAGCAAGCAGAGCAGCGCAGGGGAAAAAACGCCAAGCCAUCCGAGCCACAGCAACGGGAAGGUGAAGAAGGAAAACGAGGUGCACGAGCCGGUCAGGACACCACUGGAGAGGAGUACAAUCUGCGAAAGACUAAGCUGCCAUGUCCUCCAGGAGUCCCUGCUCAGCUCAGCCAGUGGAUACAGUAACUAUAGAGGCAUCCUCAACUGGUGUGUGGUCAUGCUGGUCUUGAGCAAUGCACGCCUUUUCCUGGAGAAUCUCCUAAAAUAUGGGAUAUUGGUGGACCCUAUCCAAGUUGUUUCACUGUUCUUAAAAGACCCAUAUAGCUGGCCUGCACCAUGCCUGGUCAUUGUCUCCAACGUGUUCAUAAUGGCAGCUUUGUACACGGAGCGGAGGCUAUCUGUGGGCACCAUCUCCGAGACGACUGGAUCAUUCCUUUACUUGGUCAAUCUGACUACCCUCCUCUGUUUCCCAUCAGCCACUGUGCUCUUGCUGACCUCCAUGACCCCAGCUGGUGGAGUCUUUGCCCUGGGUGUAUACACCAUCCUCUUCAUGAAGCUGUACUCCUAUAAAGACGUUAACAUGUGGUGCAGAGAGAUUAGACAUACCCAAGCCCGCACCCUGACCCGCUCCCAUUCAUGUCCAUCUGUGGCCCAGUCAAAUGGAUCAGCUGUACAUUCUCAUGUGUCCUACCCUGGGAAUCUCACACACAGAGAUAUAUAUUACUUUGUGUUUGCCCCAACACUCUGCUAUGAGCUGAACUUCCCCCGGUCACCACGGAUACGCAAGAGCUUCCUGUUGAGGAGACUCUUUGAGAUGCUUUUCUUCAUACAGUUACUGAUUGGAUUGGUACAACAGUGGGUAGUGCCGACGAUUCAGAAUUCCAUGAAACCAUUCCAGGAUAUGGACUUUUCCAGAAUGAUGGAGCGCAUGUUGAAACUGGCUGUUCCCAAUCAUUUAAUCUGGCUCAUCUUUUUCUAUUGGUUUUUCCACUCUUCCAUGAACUUCGUAGCUGAGCUGAUGCAGUUUGGAGACAGGGAGUUUUACCGGGACUGGUGGAACUCUGAGACUGUCACUUACUUCUGGUCUAACUGGAACAUUCCUGUGCACAAGUGGUGCCUCCGCCACUUUUACAAGCCCAUCAUGAGGAGGGGAGUGAAUAAGUGGGUCGCCCAGACGGCCGUCUUCCUGGUCUCCGCCUUCUUUCACGAGUACUUGGUGAGCGUUCCUCUGAAAAUGUUCAGACUGUGGGCGUUUAUGGGCAUGAUGUCUCAGAUCCCACUCGCCUGGUUUGUCGGCCGCUUCCUGAGAGGUAACCAUGGCAACGCUGCGGUCUGGAUCUCGCUCAUCAUUGGCCAGCCCGUCGCCGUGCUGAUGUACGUCCAUGACUACUAUGUAAUACAUUACAUGUCACAAUCAUGAACAGUUGGUCGCAAGCAGAGGAGCAAUACAUUAUACUAAAGGACAAAUUGAAUGUCAAAUGUUUACUUUGAAAGGGAAAUAUAUUAUAUGAAGCUUGACUGAAUUGGUAAGAAUUUUACACUAAGUAAAUAGUUUGGCCUCCAGAAACAAUUUCUCUAAUGCACUUAUACAUCAGAGACUUGGCGCCGUCCUAUCAUUGCUGUGAAACACUGCCCUGACAAAACUAGAGAACAUUUGUAGGCCUUUUCUCGGUUUCUUAGUCUACAAUUAUGAAGAUCAACAGACAUUCCUAUAGAUAAACCUUACUAUCGAAGUGCUGCUUUUUCUCAUGCGUUUGACACGUCUUUUUUGCCUUUGAUUAAAUGACCUGAGUAUUUGAAGUUGUGUGAACUCAUGUGGCUGCAGUAAUAACCAGUCACAUGUAUUGUGCAUAAGUCAAGCCAAAUCUGUUAUUACACUUGUGAAACUGUAAUGUGUUUGCACUACACUGCAUGCUGUUUGCUAAUAAAUAUUAUUUUUUUUUGCUAUAAUCUUUGUAAAUUAUAUAAAUGGAACUGGUGUUGUACAUGCAGCUAAGAAAAAUAUGGAAAUGUCUGUUCUACUCCAUUACAACCAACUAAUUGCAGCAAUACCACAAAUGGAAGAGGCAAGUAGAAGGGGGAGAAAGUAAGGAACUUGUCUGUCAGCACUGUGUUAAAGACUAAUUGUGGUAAAUAGAAAGUACACCAGUUUCAUUUUAAGGACCUAGAAAUGUACAGCCUGUGCCAUAUUGCAAAAUAGCUAGGAAGAGAUUUAAUGUACCGAUUCCAUGGCACAUGUUUAUGAACUGAUACACAAAACAACGCCGGAUUCACAACUGUUUUUCAAUUAAAAUGAUUUAUACAAAAUUCUUGCAACCCAAUAGAAUGUUAUAGGGGAUACAACCAUCCCAGCUCUGCAUAAUGUGCUGCGAAGAGACAAUCAUUAUCAUUUGUUUUGGUACUGUCCAUAUGUAGCUUGUUUUUGGUCACAGGUUCAGGAAUGGCUGAGUUUACUCCCCCAGGUAAAUGCUGUGAUUUUAAAGUCAGUCAUAUCGAUCAAUAAUAACACUCUUGGCAACAACUUUAAUCUGUAAACUGAGAAGAGAAAAGGUUCAGAACUUUGAAACCGCACAGUUAAAAUAUGGAAAAUAAAUCAACUGGAUGGUGAGAUAGCUGGGAGGGGUUGAGUGUUACCUAAAGUCACAAUCUGCAAAAACUGAUCUACCCCCUCCCUCCCCAAAAUGCACGAAAUAGACGAGUGCUCUUAAGAUAUAUUCAAAGAGCAUCCGAGCUUAAGUACAAUGUAUUGUAAAAUAAGUUGAUGUUUUAUGCCAAUAUUGCCAUCCUAUUAAAAAGAUGCUGGUGAUCCAAACAGUAACAACCAUUGAUUGUUGUACCAAACAUACAGUAUGCAUUUAUCCCUUUACACCAUUCCAGACCUGCACUGCAGCGAUUCUGUGUUGUCACUAGUAUACUGGAACUGGUCUAGUUAGCCCUCAACCCUUCAUGUUCAAUAGGACAGUCCUAUACAUGCCUUUUCUUCAAAGGGCCUACUCAUUCAUGCCCAUGUGCCUGACAUCUCUACAUGAGCCAAACCAAAUCCAGCCUGUAUUCUCACUUUAGAAACUAAAGUGCUUAGUUUCUAUUGUCAUGUAUUGUAGAAAAUAAGUAUUGGUUAAGUUCAGUUUUAAUUUUCUUUACACUUCAUUCAGGAAGGUUGCUCAUUUACAAUUUCAAGAUUAGUGUAUUUGAUGGGCAGGUAAGAGGUAUUUUCAGAAUGUGAUGUUUGUUUAUACUGUAACUCAACUAAAUAUCUAUUUUAAGCCCCCAAUCUAGUGGGUGAAAUGUUUCUAGAACCUUGAAUACCAGUGUGAAGUCAGGAUUGCAUAUGUAGGAUUGCAUAUGUAGGUGAGUAGAUUGUUUUCUAUGAAAUAAAACCCUGCCUGUGGAUCUGUAA